CUUCAGUUCGGUCGUGUAUACGAGCGUGAGCGUUGCGUAAAAGGGCAUUUGUGAUGUCAGCGAUAUUUUGACUGUGUUUUGUUGUUGUGUUUUUUUUGACAGUUGCACUGAAUUUUGACUGUGUUUUUAUUGUAUUUGUGAGUGCGCGGAUAUACCUACCUACACAUGCAUAGGAUUUUGAUUUUUUACAACGUAAAUAGAUAGUGAGCCGCGACCGUCGCAACCAAUCAAAGAUGCUCCAAAAAGACAAUCGCACAGAUUUCGUAGUUGUGAACAGUGACUGCGCCAUUUGACAUUCCACGUAGAAGCGAUUUUAAAGUGUAUUCAGUGUUUUUCUCGGUAUUUUAAAUGAUUAUGGAGAUGACCAACGAUUCGGCGGUGAACCGUUGGUACGAUACGCCGCGAACGGGCACGUCAGCCUCCCCCGGGGGCGGGCAAGGCGUCGACAGUGGAAACUCGGAGACAAACUCCAGCGUCGCUGAGCACAUGGGCCUGUUUUUGGACCCCUCCAGGACGCAGCCCGGCCGGUAUUACCACCAGAGCAUGCAUUCGCCUUACGGAAGUGUAGCUAGUCACGCAUCAAGAAUGCCAUCGGGGCAAGUGUGCAGACCGCACUUCCACGCGCCCCUCCACCCCUGGCUGUCCGACGGCACGAAACCCUUGGCGCACUCGUCGCCGUGGGUGCCCUUCGGGGGCGCGGACCCGGACAAAUCGCAGUCGCCCAGCUCGGCGCCCGCCCAGCCGCACAACAUCUUCUCCUUCCCUCCGACGCCGCCCAAGGAUUCGACGCCCGACUCCGUGGCGCCGAGCGCCGGCGUCGAGUACCAGAGCGCCGUGGCGGCCGCCAUGGGCGCCUUCAUGCACGAGAACCAGCAGAGCUGCGCCCUCGACGUGAAGCCCAACGCCUCGAGCGGGAACAACAAGCAACGCGAAGGUAGUGACUAUGAGAACGGCGCUACGUCGAGCAUGUUUAAUGGUAACUUUGACGGCUCGUAUGGGUCUUCGUAUGGCUACGGUAUUCACGGGGCGGCCUAUUCGCCCCAGAACAAGCAACACGUUGCCGGUCAGGGCGCCCAGUCGCCCAACAAACCCAAAAUCAAAUCCAGAACCAGUGCCGAGGGUCGCGAAUGCGUGAACUGUGGCGCGACAAGCACGCCCCUAUGGAGAAGAGACGGCACUGGACACUAUCUCUGCAAUGCUUGCGGACUGUACUAUAAAAUGAACGGACAAAAUAGACCUUUAAUCAAACCAAAAAGAAGACUGAGUUUGCAAAGUGCUGCGCGAAGGGCCGGAACGAGUUGUGCAAACUGUAAAACAACGACGACAACAUUGUGGAGACGAAACCAAAACGGAGAGCCUGUGUGCAACGCAUGCGGACUUUACUAUAAACUACACAAUGUGAAUAGACCGUUGACGAUGAAGAAAGAAGGCAUCCAAACCAGGAAUCGCAAGCUCUCGUCGAAGAGCAAAAAGAAAAAAUCCGGCGGAUGCCUCUCCUUUGGCGGCAUGAUGGGAGACAUGAAGCCCCUCGACAAGGGCGGUUUCGGGAGCGGCGGGCUUUCGCUGGGCGGCAUAAUGGGCGACUCCAAGGGUGGAUUCGGGGGUGGUGGAUUCGGAUCGGGCAUGGGCGGCGGCCAUCCGCAUUUGAACGCGGCCCUGCAUCCGCACCACGCGAUGAGUCAUUGGUACCAACAUAGCGGGCACCCGCAGGGUUUCGUUUCGGGACCGCCACCGUCUGCGCCGCCUCCGACCGCCUCCUAUCAUCACCACAUGAGCUCGUUGAGCGCCGCCGGGCUUAACUUGGCUUCGAAUGGAAUGUCAAGUUGGAGGUCUGAAUACAGAGCCGAGUACACGUGAUAAACACGUGGUUAAAAGCCUUUAAAAGGAAUUAAACAUUGUAAUAAUCCUUGUAGAUAUAGUGAAUAAGAAUUGAAUAAAUAAGUGAUCACAAAUUAAAAUAUGACUGGUCAAAAUUUCUCUGUAAAUUUGUAUUUAUUGUAAGAUAUUUUGUAAAAUACAGUUGUUCAGCGUUGUGGUGACCAGUUUUGUAAAAUGUAAACUGCUCGGCAAUGAUGUAUCAUUAAAAGCGUUGAGCAGUGUAUAAUAAGUACAAAAAUCGUUUGUAAUGUAUUGUAUAUAGAUGUUAGAUUUGUUUUUAAAAGAAUUUUUUUAAU